UAAAUGCCAAAAGGAAAGGAUGUGUACAGGGAGCAAGUAAGAUGCUUUUGUGUGGAGGCUGAUACACCUUGCUGCGUUACAGAUCUAAAAAUUCUCCUCAUUGCAGAUGAACCAGCGUCACUCUGGAGUUCUCAGAGUGAGUACAGAGAGACAUCAACAGCACAUUUGUGGGAAUUCCAGCUCCUCUGCCCUUGUCACCAGCAUGCCUCAUUGCUCCAUGUAGUCACUGGACUUGCAGGUGGGGAAUUAUGUAAUUGUCAGGAGACAACUGCACGCAGCAAGACUGAUCCCCUCUCAGCUAUGGCAACUCACAACAGGUCCGAGGAAGAGCUACACUGGUUGAUUAUGGCAGGAAUGAAAGGCACUCUGACCUUGCCGACCGAACGCCUUGCUGCUUUCAAUGUUGCCCAUUAUGCGGGAGGCAGGCGGCUCCCGGGGAGCGGCCGGGAGCGGCGGGAGCGGCGGCGCGGCCGGCGGGCAGGCUGCCAGCCAGCCGGGGCUCCGGCAGCACGGGCAGCCGGCUGGGGCAGGGAGAGGGGGAGGCGGCAUCAAAACGCUGCUAGCGCACGCCACGAAGCGCUCUCGGAUGCUGAUGGCAGAUUGCUUCUUCGUUAA